GUGGCGGCGGGCGGGGCGGCGGCGGGCGGGCUAUAAAAGUGUCCCGCCGCAGCAUAUGCACACUUCGGGGAAACUUCCCUCCCGCGCUGCCGCCGCCGCUAUGGGAGGUGCGCCCGCUCCCGCCGGCCCCGCUCCGCCCUAGGGCGGGCAGUCCCGCGGCGCAGGGCGGCCGCCGCUCCCGCCCCGACCUGACCUGCCCCUGCCGGCGGCAGCGCUGGCGAGCGCGCCCGCUCCGCCGGUACCCGGUUGUGCCCUGGGAGGCGGCGGCGGCAGGAUGAGAGUGAACGAGAGCGAGCUGAACAGCUCCGUCCUCCCGCGGGACCCGCCGGCCGAGGGCGCCCCGCGCCGCCAGCCCUGGGUGACCUCUACUUUGGCUGCCAUCCUCAUCUUCACCAUCGCGGUGGACCUGCUGGGCAACCUCUUGGUCAUCCUCUCCGUGUACCGCAACAAGAAGCUGCGAAACGCGGGAAAUGUGUUUGUUGUAAGCCUGGCAGUUGCAGACUUGAUAGUAGCUAUCUACCCUUAUCCACUGGUCCUCACAUCAGUGUUUCACAACGGAUGGAAACUGGGAUACCUACACUGCCAGAUUAGUGGCUUCUUGAUGGGCCUAAGUGUCAUUGGAUCAAUCUUCAAUAUUACAGGCAUCGCUAUCAAUCGGUACUGCUAUAUCUGCCACAGUCUCAAAUAUGACAAGCUGUACAGCGACAAGAAUUCUUUGUGCUACAUUGUUCUUAUAUGGGUCCUAACAUUCGUUGCUAUCGUGCCCAACCUGUUUGUGGGAUCGCUGCAGUACGACCCCAGGAUUUACUCGUGUACGUUUGCACAGUCUGUGAGCUCAGCAUAUACUAUUGCAGUUGUGUUUUUCCACUUCCUGCUUCCCAUUGCCGUAGUUACUUUCUGUUACUUGAGAAUAUGGAUCCUUGUUAUUCAGGUAAGGCGAAGGGUUAAACCAGACAACAACCCUAGGCUGAAACCCCACGACUUCAGAAACUUCGUAACCAUGUUUGUGGUGUUUGUACUGUUUGCAGUCUGCUGGGCUCCUUUGAACUUCAUAGGCCUUGCAGUGGCUGUCAACCCCAAAACUGUAAUCCCUAGGAUUCCAGAGUGGUUGUUUGUGUCUAGUUAUUACAUGGCAUAUUUCAACAGCUGCCUUAAUGCUAUAGUAUAUGGACUCCUGAACCAGAACUUCAGAAGAGAAUACAAGAGAAUAAUUGUCACGUUUUGUACAGCAAAAGUUUUUUUCCAGGAUAGCUCUAAUGAUGCAGGAGACAGAAUGAGAAGCAAACCUUCUCCACUGAUUACAAACAACAAUCAAGUGAAGGUGGACUCUGUAUGA